CCCUUAGGUUCCGCCCCUAUCCGGUCAGAGUCCGUUUGCUUUGCGGCGGGAGGAUCACUUCAGUUGAAAAUGAGUUUGCAAGCUCCUUCUCCCCAGUAUGUGUUGGGCCUGGAUCUUGGUACCAGCUCAGUAAAGGCGGUGUUGGUGGAGACUGAGAGCCGGGCAGUGGCUGACAGCCAGAUCCAGGAAACCAAGGCGGAGGUCAGCAGCAUGGAGGAAGACAAGGGUCGGGAACAGGAUGUUGCUCGGAUCUUGUCAGCCCUUCAUCGCUGUGUUGCUGCGCUGCCCAGAAAAUGUCUUCGCAAGGUGUGCAGGAUCGGUGUCUCGGGUCAGAUGCAUGGAGUCGUGCUGUGGAAAAGCCAGGAAGGUUGUAUAUGGCAGAGCACUGAAGCAGGUUUCACAUUCCAGCCCCGGGGAACUAGUCACCUGGUCACAUGGCAAGAUGGUCGCUGCAGCCACGAGUUUCUCGAUUCACUCACACAGCCUGAUUCCCAUCUCAGCCUUGCCACUGGCUUUGGCUGUGCCACCAUUUUAUGGUACAUGAGAAACAGGCCCCAAUUUCUGAAGUCCUAUAAUGCUGCAGGGACCAUCCAUGAUUAUGUUGUCGCUGUCUUGUGCGGGCUUAAGAGACCACUGAUGUCAGUCCAGAACGCUGCCAGUUGGGGUUAUUUUAAUACCAGAUGUGAAACUUGGAACCUGCAAAUAUUGCGGGAUUCUGGAUUUCCCACAUCCCUGCUGCCUGUGGUUGUGAAAUCUGGUGCAAUCGCUGGAAAGACAGCUCACGAAUGGUACGGUGUGCCAGAGGGGACAGAGGUUGGUGUGGCUCUGGGUGAUUUCCAGUGCUCUGUGUACUCCUGCAUGACAGAGAAGACAGAUGCAGUUUUGAACAUCAGUACUUCUGCCCAGCUGACCUUUGCCCUGACCCCUGCCUUCCUGCCACCGGCUCGACCCAAUCCCAGCACUAGUGUUACAUAUUUUCCAUACUUUGACGGAACAUACUUGGCUGUGGCAGCUGCCCUGAACGGUGGCAACGUGCUGGCCUCCUUCGUUGGGAUGUUGAAACAGUGGACGCAAGAGUUGGGACAAGAGGUUUCAGAGUCCACCAUCUACUCUCAAUCGAUACAUGCUGCUCUGAACAUUGCUCGGACUGACCUUGCAGUGCAGGCGACCAUAUUUGGAGAGAGACACUCUCCUGACCAGCUGGCUUCAGUGACCAACAUCUCCCCGUCCAACUUGUCGUUGGGUCACGUGACCAGAGCGCUGUGUCGUGGCAUUGUGGAGAACCUGAACUCCAUGUUACCGUGCCAGCAGCUGAUUGAAUCUGGGGUGAGGAGGAUUAUGGGCAGCGGAAGUGCACUGACCAGGAACGAGGUGCUGAAGCAGGAAGUGGAGAAAGUUUUCACCCUUCCUAUUGUUUACGGGAAGACAGUAGAUUCAGCAGUUGGUGUUGCAAUGGCGAUGUUGGACCAGAAAUAGGGAGGAAAGAAAUUCCCACAUGUGAAAGCAGGAGAAGGUAAAUCAACAUCCAAUCAGAUCCAAUCUGAUCACAAUAUCUUCCCAGUGAUUAAGGGGCGGAUAUGGAAAAAUUGGCAAGAGCUAUCUCCUAGCACUUUCCCAUCCAUCUCUUCCCCUGUGUAGUUUGGAUGCAAUCAAUCAUUGAGUGUAAUUGGAGAGAACUUGGUAUGGAUGCAGAGCUAAUGCUGGCUGGGCAGCUCAUCCUUCUUGGUCUAUUUAUUGACCUAGUAUCAAUGCUGAAGUUGGCCCAGCAUUCUACUAGAGAGGCAAUGUUCCCAGCUGCUCCCUGGCUCUUAGUAGCAAACAUGUGGAAAAAGAAGAAAAGGACACCUCCAAAACAAGAGCAUUUCUAACCCACUGUGGAAAAGCAAAGCAGAGGGAAAGGAAACAAAGGCCAGUGUUAGAUUGCUGGAACUUUUACAUCAGGCAGCAGUCAUGACCUCUGAAAUGCUACAACAAAACAUACAAUUGACCCAAUUCUAUUGUUUCUACACAUCCCUGAACUCUUCGCACCCUCCUCCCCGCCCUAUUCACAAGUCUCCCAUUCCACACGGAUGUCAUCUGCUUCUUCAUGUGAGAGCCCACUCCUGCUGCAUCCACUAUACUUUUAGAAGCAUGGGGUGAACCGACUCCGAGCUCAGUGUCGUACAGGAUGGAGCUCGAGACUCAUCUGCGUUGUUCUGACAGAUUCUGCCCAACUGCAUCAGUCGUGUGUCAGUCCUGUGUCAUUCUCAACAAGAGGAAGAGCAGAUUGCCUGUCAGCCUUUCUGUUUGUAUUUUCAGCCACAUGUAGUGCUGAACAUUGUGGUGCACAGAAUGGACCUAUAACUGAUCCCAGGGUAUUGAUCUUUGUUGAUUGUAUACAUGUAAGAAUGAAUAGUAAUCAACACUAGCAAAUAAAAUAUGCUAGAAAAUUUAUUUUUGACAUGAUUCCUAUAAUUUCAAAACAAUGAGAAACAUUAUUAAGGUAUUUAAAUAUUUAUUGCACUAUAUGUAUAUUCAUUAUGGUUUGUAAAUAUUUACUGUGCAUAUUACAGUGUGAGCAAUAUUUAUUAUGUUAUAUACAUAUGCAUUGUGUUGUUUGAAUAUUGCUCUGUGAAUAUUGCACUGUAUGAAUAUUCAAAAUACGAUGUGAAUAUUCAUUGCACUAUAUAAUUAUUGAUUUUGUAAAUUUAUAUUAUUCUGUAAAUAAUUAUCAUGUUGUGCAUAUAUUUAUUGUUCAGUGAUAAUAUUUAUAAUCUGUGUGAACCAAUUACUGUCUCUAUUAAAAUAAGAGACAAAGGGA